AUGGUCGUAAACUACAUUACUUUAGAGCAUAUUCGCCUACCAGGACAUGCCGAGAAUCCGCUCCUCCUCGACAACUCUCCUCUCCGUAUUCUUGACGGAACCUCACUCGAGGGAAAUGACGCUGAUCUAUCGACCGCGAACGGCACAGCUACAAUUCUGUACAAUUGGUGUCCAGAAGCGCUCUUCGCUCUACUAGACAUCGAAGCCUGGUUCUCAUUCACCUGGACUGUCACCCUCGAAGAUGAAACCAAGCUCGAAAUUGGACGCAUCCGAAAUCAAGUCACAAUGGGCAAGCUCGAUAAGGAAGGUCUCUGGAAAGUCAUGAUCACUUUCAACAUUUCCCAGCUCGAGAACGGGCUGUAUCAAGGGUCUUGGAUGCCCAAUACCGAGGAGACGAUGCUUGGUGAUCAGAAUGUAGACGACCCAAAAGAAAUUGAACGACUAGGUCGGGAAUUCGUGGCAGAAUUGAUAAAGCAGAGAAGAUGGCUUACAGGAAAGAAAAUCCGACAUGAGUUUUUUAUUGAAUCUUUGAGUCUGGGAAUGGAUCCCUGGGAUGAUGGAUUGGCUAUGAAUCCGCAUUGGCUGUAUGAGACGCUCGACCUUGCAAGGUGUUCGACAUGUAAAUCUGGCGGUCAGCAUGGAAAGUCACUGAAUCGAUGUGGGAGAUGUGGCACCGCUGCGUAUUGUUCUUCGGAAUGUCAGCAGAAGGAUUGGUCGGUACAUAAGGCUGUGUGUGCCAUGUCUGCAGAGGAUAGGGGGAAAGCGCUGAGGUACUCACAGAAUGGAGGGCUUGUGAAUUGGGUGGGCGAGGGUGGUGGACCCGAGGCUGAGGAGGAGGAAGUUGAUGGUGAAUGA